AUGGCACAAUAUUUAGACGACUUGUUUGAUUUGAUUCACCACCCAACGAAGCAAGUAGCUCUGAAGGCCUUUGACAUCAUGUUGAAGAUGAACGAAGAUCAGCUGAGGAACGGGCUUGCUGCUAAUGAUUCCAAGAAGGCCAAGCAAUUGUUUGCUUACUUCUCGAAUCUGGAUGUUGUGACAGAAAGUGUUCUGGAUGUCAUCACUGAAGCCAUGGGGACUCCAGAAUUGGCCAAGCUGGCGUGUACUGAAGAAAAGCUUGUAAGGAAAGUUCUUGCAUUGGCCAGACACGGUGAGACCAAGGAGUUCGUCUUACCAAUGACUCAGAUCAGUAGGAAUGCUCCUGAAGAGUUUCAUCGCAAAUUGUAUUCUCUGGUUGGAAAUUACAAUAAUCUUCUUCAUGGUAGGUUUAUAUUUCGAAUAACUUGUGAAAGCGCUGUAGUGUUUUUUUAAUGUUGUGAUUGUUUUAGAUACAUUUCACAAAUGUGAAGGUGGAAAGAACAACCCAAUUGUGCUCUUGAACGUAGCUUAUGUGUUUAUGAAUGUGACACAAAGCAAAGACGCUUGUCUGGAGUUAUUUGGAGACACAAUCAAUGCUUUAACAUCUUAUCUUAGCAAACAAGAUGUGGCCCUAGGCUUUAAAAGAGUUGUAGCUAAUGUUAUACUCAAUAUAUCGUGCCAUGUUCGUAAGUAUUUUUUUUUGAAAUUUCAUAUUUUAGUUGUCUUGUUUAACAGUCUAAUCAUAUAUUUGCUUUUAGAAACGCAUCCGUUGUUUUUGGACGAUCCUCACGUGUUAUGUGACAUAAUGGAUCCAUUUACUGAUGAAGAAUACCAAAUAGAGGAUGAAGAGAUGGAUAAACUGCCUUUGAACCUACAAUAUGUUGACCAUAAGCGAUCCAACUCCGUAGAGCUGCUAGAUACGUUAGUGGAAGUUUUGGCCCAGGUAAGAUUAGUGCUUAAGUUAAUUUUAGACAUUCUUAGAAUUUUUCUUGUUGUUUGUAAAAGACAAUUUGAAAUUGUUUUCUUUAAUAUUAGUAUUUUUCAUUUUCAGCUAUGCACAACGAAAGUUGGCCGAAAGACCCUCAGACACAUGAACAUAUACAUCAUCCUGCGAGAGUUCGAUAAGUCAAGGAGAGUAGAUGAGCCCAAGAUAGAAGGCAAGUUCAUGACAUUGGAUGGAACUCCAGAAUGGAACUUGUUAAUGAACACCUUACUUUUCGACGACAACGAGCUGGCACUUAAGGAUGAUGAAGAUCUUGUGCGAUGUAUGGAAGUGGAACUGAAAGAGAUAAAGCUGGAAGAGCUUGACAAGGAACUUCAAGUGAUAGAAUCCGAAUUGAACGACAAGAAAAACAAAGAAGAUCAGCAAUAUACAGUUGAAGAUGACGAACUGAAAGGCGACGAAGCUGCCAAGGUUGGCUUUGGAGUGUCGCAAGAUGCUGUUAACCAUAAAAGGAAACACAGCGAGGAAGAAAGUGCCAAAAGUUAA